AUGUUCCAGGCGUUCCCGCUGCAGCAUAAAAAGAUGCUUCGACUGUCGCUGCCAUUCAUUAGCGUUGGGUUUUGUGAGGUGAUGAACUGCGCAACACGGGAUAAUAUGAGCUCCUUUGCUGUCCAUAACACACAUAACAGGGGGGCCUACCCUACACCUGCCGCCAACACCAAGAGCAGGAGCGGUGAUAACUCCAAUGUCGAUGAGGCGACAUUGCCUGUCGCGGUGCCUUUUAUGGCGGAUGCUGUUGCAGGCGGUAUGUGCGACAGCUUUACAGGACACCACUGUUCGCGCUCUGUUGCGCAGUAUCUGGCGUGGGCACUCGGCAUUCACUCUGUGCUUCCGGGAGCCAUUGCGGAGCUCCGCCGUGAGUUGAAGGACGACCCUAUUAUUGCCUUAAUGAUGUCAGCAUUGUCUCGUGAGCGCGCACUGCACGGCACAAAUGCAGACCAGCGUGUGGUCCGCCGUAUUUUCUCGGAGUGGGAAAUGCAGCAGUACGCGAUGUUUGCUGAUAGUGCAUUUUUUGAUGCGUGCCGCAAAGAUAUGUUCCCAGCUGGUGAACGAAAGAGGGAUGACGGACUGCGAGAAAACAUGGUGGCAAACAGUGGCUGCCGUGCUGUGUGGUUCACAGCUGCUGUGGCACCGUUUGGACUGCAGGAGCAGCGGCGCUGCGGGAGUGGUGAAUUGAGCCACAGAGGCGCCGCACCCCCACCCGAACGGUGGGUGGAAACAAGAACCGACGUAAAGAGAGCAACGGCGAAGCAAAUUGCUGAAAGUGCGACCGAGAGCAGUGCCCCCUCACCUCGUUUCUGCCUCGAUGUGUUGGUGAGCAACGUCGGCGACUCGCGCGCCUUUGGCAUUCAACGUCAUCCACUCUCGCAGGGAGAGCGCAGCACCCUCGACCCGUUGCGGGAGCGCAUCGUGCCCCUCAGCGCAGAUCACAAGCCGCUGCGCACACAAGAGCUCCGCCGAAUUCUGAAAGCUGGAGGAGAAGUGCGAUCCGAUGUGGGCAACAUCAUUGACGGCAAUCCGUUCUAUAACAUCUCUCGAAGCUUUGGCCACUGGUCAAUGAAAUGCGACUCGAGGCGGGCACCGAGCGAGCAGAAGAUCAUUGCGCUUCCAACGUGCAGCUCAUGGGAGAUGCUCGCGGGUGAUGUGCUUGUCCUCUGUAAUCACGCCGUCUUUGAAACACGCUUACAAGAGGACACAUCGGUGGAUGAGCUGGCCAAGGUGGUUCGGCGGGAACUCGACCGUGGUGCAUCACCGGAGGAGGCCGCUGGCACUGUCUGUGACUACGCAAUUCGGUUCGGCGCACAGCACUCCCUGCAAGUUGUGGUUGCUGUAGCAACAGAUGACGGUAGCACUAGCAGCUGUAGCGAAGCCCAGCGAGAAGAGUGGGUGACGCCUGGCCCCAUCUACGCUGAGCCGUGCCGACGAUUACCGGAGUACCGGCAGGCUUUGCAGGCGGACUGUGAACGCUGUGGUGUGACGCUCGCCGAGUUGCUGCUGCUGCGCUGGCGGCGGGUACGGGACGUUCUUCACCUCCGCCACGCGCUUCCGCUCAUGCCGUACUAUGGAAAAGAGUGCUCCAUCCUGCAGCAAAGCAUGGACGAGGAGGCCGAACUGUUUGGCCAGGAGUCGUUGCCCCCGCCUGGCCAAAACAUCGAUGAGCUGACGGAGAAGGAUUGGCAGUGCAUCGCCAAAACAUUUGAGAAGUUGUCUCGGUUGCUUAUGGCUCCAACCGCACCUUUAGCGGUCUAG